AUGGCGCCGCAGCAGCUGACUGCCUCAUGCUGAGGCCUUGUGACGUCACAACCUCUGACCUCUGCUCGUCUCUCCUCAGAUUCAGUGACGGAGAAAUGUCCGAUCUACAAAAUCAUGAGAUCAGCGCCAUGCUCAGAGUCUCUCGUCUGCCGCUGGUUCGCUCGGCGCUGCAGUCGGUGACUUCAGUGUACUCGGAGGUUAUAGGUCGUUAUCCUCUGCUGGGGCUGAUGGGAGGAGUGGCCGAGGUCGGAGUUCGCAGCGUCUCCCUCGUGGCCAUGAAGCAAGCCACACCCAUCCUGCAGAGCCUAGAGCCACAGAUUGAAGUAGCCAACAAUUUCGCUCAGUUCGGUCUCGACCGUCUGGAAAAGAACUUCCCGAUUCUGAAUCAGUCGACAGACGAGGUUGUGGGUCACCUCAAGGACGCCCUCUUCCUGACCCUGGACGACGUGCAGCUGUGGGUGGUGGACGGUUUGGAUGGCGCUCUUGAUCAGCUGGAACGUCUGGCCGACGCGGCUCGGGUUGCGGUGCGGCAGUUGCAGGACUCUCAGGUGGGUCGAGCGGCCACGUCAGGACUGGACGACGUGCUGAGUCGUCUGGAGGAUGCCACCGCCUACUACCUGCCCCUCCCACCCACGCUGCGUCGGGAGUGGGAGAUGCGGGUGCAGGAGUAUGAGGACGAGGACGAGGAUGACGAGCCCAGUCUGUGGACGAGGGUUCGGAGUCUCCUGCUCAGCCUCAGUCUGCAAUUCUACCACCGAAUGAUGAAGGUCAGGGAGCAGCUGCUGACAGCCGCCAGGACGCUGGGAGACUCCGCUGAGAAGGUGGGUCUGAGCCGCGUCCUGGAGUUGGUCGGUGAGCUGCUGCAUCACCUGCAGAACCUCCUAGUGGCGCUGGUGUACCGAGCAGAGCAUCUCAGAGAGCUGACCAUGAACGAGAUCAAAAGUCAGGCAGCCAUGUUGGUGGAGCUGAGUCCAGUGCGUCAGGUCCGAGAGCUGCCGCUGCAGAUCCAGCAGCUGCUCAGAGACCUGCAGGAACUGUCCAAGCUCCUCCUGCAGCUGGUGAUCAACGCCACGCCGCUCUACAACAUGCUGCAGCAGCCGACAGAUCAGGAAGUCGAGGACUUUCUCAACCAGGAGGACUUUUCCUUUGACAGCUCGUCUCGUCGCAGCUCAGCUAACAGCCUCUUCCUGAAGGCGAUGGACGGCCGUCCUCGUCGCCGCCAGAGUCUCUACUCCCGCGCCAGAGGCUCCGGGGGCCCCCAGAGCCCCGACCCUCCUAACGGUCGGCGCUCCAGCCUAAAAGAUCCUGCGGCCCUGGAGAUGGAAGACCCAUACGUCCCUUCCGACGGCAGCGUCGGCCGCCGGCCAUCGGUCACCGAGCUGCUCCUCACGCCGCUCAAACAGUUUGUCUCUCAGAGCCAGAAGGCCUUCGAGUACCUGAGUCCCAACUCCCCCAACGACACCGCCAUAGCAACAGCCAACUGAGGUGUGACCCCGCCCUCCCCCACCAGCUGUCACUGCUGCCAACCCAUGACCAAUCACAGCCUCCCGUCCCCGAUGAUCAGAGCUUCCUCCCCGAGCUGGUGCUGGUUUGUGCGUUCACGUUCUCCGACAGAGCUAUUGGCAAAUUAGUUUAAAUCGCUCAAAAAGAAAAGAAAAAAAACAGUGAGUCUCUGAGUGAAAUUAGUCCAAAAAAUGAAUUCACACUUUUGGUUUCUGCUUCGUAUUUAUUUGAUUUGACCUCACCUCUUUAAAUGAGUGAUUACAUGAUGACCUUCAUUUUAAAACAUGCGACCAAAUUGACCUGAGACGGAUCUCCGUGCGACAGUAGAUGACUCCGACUUUUCUGACACGUCCAGAAGAAGUUUUGGGUUUUUCCAGAACGUUCAGCCACAGCUUGGAUUAAGUCCCAAGACAUGUGACUAAAAGUUCUUCAAACUGAAUAAAUCAGUUUUCUGAGAUGUUUUGUCCUUUAAGUCAUUGGCUCAGUUUCCACUGAUGAUCUCAUCGUCGUUGUUGUUUCAAGUGUCGUAGUUUUGAUUGAACCUGGAUUCCUGAAGUAAAAAAUUUUAAUCUGUGACAUCAUCAGUGGAGAGUUGUGAUGACUGUGCGAACGUUUCUUUUCAUUAUAUUAUAAUACAGUGGAAACUGCUCAUAGUGAUCACGUUUGUGCCAGGCCAAAGUCAUCAUUAUAGGCGGUUGAUUACUAUAAAUUAAUUGCAUGAUAGUCCCAGAACUGGAGGGUUAGGUAACAUUGCGCACUUGCGAUGCGCACACACACACACUCUCUCCCAGACACACAAUGACACACACGUGAUCAGACACGUGUGUAAAGGGUAAAAACACCAGAAUCAGUAAACGUAGUGAAUAUAAGUAGAGGAGAUGGUUCAGUGAUGAAUGAUAGACACAGAGGAGCAGUAAAUUACCUAAAAAAUAUUUUACGUCCAAACAUGAAAAGACCUAAAGUGAUCCCCGUAAACAGAUUAUUUAAACAGCAUUUGUAUAGGAACGAUUCUGACCGAAGCUUUUUGAUCCAUAUAUCCGGU